GAGGGGCAGGCCGGGGCAGGCUCCGGGCCCUGGGCACCGCAGAGUGACCUUCCCGCCUUCGGUGCCCGGGAGGCGGGGGUGGCGAUGGUCUCCGACACCUCCUGCAGGCCUCUCCUCUCCUCCCCCUCUCCCCCCGCUGCCCAGCCGGGGGCCCCCGGGCACGGCGGGCACCGUGCCAACCAAUGGGGGAGGCCGCGGCGGGGCGGGCCCCCCACCCGGGCCCGCAUAUAAGCGGCCCGGCCCCGGACAAAGAGAAUCUGGUCCUGACCCAAUCCGGAAAGGAGCCAACAUGGGACUGACCGACGGCGAGAAGAAGGAGGUGGCCGCCCUGUGGGCCAACGUCUCCGGGCACGAAGAGGAGUUCGGUGCCGAGGCCCUGGACAGGCUGUUCCUCUCUUUCCCCCCCACUAAGACCUACUUCCCCCACUUCGAGCUGAGCCAGGGCUCGGCUCAGGUCAAGGCCCAUGGCAAGAAGGUGGCCGACGCCCUGACCACGGCCGUGGCCCACCUCGAUGACCUGGACAGCACCCUGUCGGCGCUGAGCGACCUGCACGCCCACAAGCUCAGAGUGGACCCGAUCAACUUCAAACUGCUGGCUCACUGCAUCCUGGUCGUGGUGGCCAGACACCUUCCCGCCGAGUUCACCCCCUCCGCCCACGCCGCCCUGGACAAGUUCCUGAGCAAAGUGGCCACCGUGCUGACCUCCAAGUACCGCUAACCGGGCCUCGGAGGCCGAGGGGCCCCGCCGCCUCCCCUUCCCCGUCCCCCCCA